ACCCACCCCCUAAUAGUCUUAAGAGGGUCUCUUCUCCUGUCUUCAGAGAGUAGCUGGAAGUGGGGAGGCAGAAAAAGGUCCUCCUUUCCUUCCAUUCUGCAGUUUUAACCUGAAAUAUUAGGUGCAGUACUGUGCCCAGAACUCAGAAACUGCUCACGCUAAUAAAAUUCCCUGUCGCAAAAUGCGCCUAGAACAAUGGGAGUUUUGAAACUACAGCCAUGGUGUGAGGUGUAUAGUUUCUUCUUCAUAUACCUUCUGCUUGAGAAGUUUUGUAUAAUGACCUGGAGCCUCAGUUCUACUUUCUUGGUUCAGCUUUUGUACUUUCUUAUUUUUGCAUACACCUAUUCGUGCCUUCAAGUCGGUAAGAUAUUUUCCUCCCACAUCAUGUCUGUUGUUCGUUCAUCCCCUGGUUUUACCUUAACCAAAUCCCUAUUAUUGUCUUUCUGAGUGCUUUCCUUCCUGUGACAUUCCAGUUGAAAAUCUCCGGGUUCGAAAGCUCAGCUGUAAUAUUAUGUGCUUCUUUCUUCCUAAGCAUUUUCUAAUUCUGUUCUCUCUGUUCCUUUCUUGAAACAAUUAUGGAUUAUCUUUAAUAAUGCAUCACUGUUAAAGUCUGGUUGGCAUCUGUCUAUCCCAGGAGACAAUGGAGGAGUGUGCCUUUGGGGGUGAGGUCAAGUUGUUGGAAGGUUGCAUCGCCUGCUGUGGCUGUGGGAGAGACAUGUUUUGUUGCAGCUGGGGCAGAAAGUACCAUUUGAGUACGGUAUAUAUGCCCUUUUCUGUUAGGGACAUCCUGACUUUGUAGAAAGUCCAGGUGCUGAAACUAGGUUUUGCAGCUAUCUGAAAAGAUCAUAAAUGGAAUGUCACUUUAUCUUAUGGGUCUUGCAAGUUAUUAUUAUUUUUUUAAAUCAAGUGUGAAAGAAUUCUCCUCUCAGGAGUUCCUCAUAACAUGAGAUACACUCUUCGGAAAAUAUAAAUUGUACUGUGAUAAUUUCCAUUUCAGGACUGAGGCUGCAAUCUUAUACCUGCUUACCUGAGAGUGAGCCCCAUUCAACUCAAUAGGAGUUGCUUCUGAGUAGACAUGUAUAUAGGAUGGGUUGUCAGUCAGUGUCUAAAUAUAAAACUGUUUUUUUCAUUAUAUUUCCCCCCCCCACUCACUUUAGAAGCCAAACGUAACCUCCCUCGCUUAUCUUUUUUUGUUUGUUGGUUUAAUAGCUUAUUGUGUGUAUGCAUAUGGGUUUUCUCAAGGCAUAUACUUCCUCUUUGAAAGCUGCUUUACUCUUGAUUUUCCUGCAUUGACAUUGUUGUUUCUUCAGUACAGGAACAAGCAUAUACCAUCUAAUCUGACAAAUGUUUCUUUAUAUGUACCCGUGGCGAAAUGGUCAUGCAUUCAUUUUCCCACAUAGAAAUAAUGUUUGUGUAGAUAACAAAACAAUAUGUUGGGCAGUUUUAACUGCUUGAUGAAAUACAGUUUGUGUACUUCCUUGUAUUUUGUAGAAAGGACUUGUCUGUUUCAGGAGCCUCUUUGCCUGACAGGUUAAAAACCAUAGUUCAUCUAUGAAGAAAAGUAAGAGAGCUGAGGAAAUAGGAUUGGACUGUUUCUGUGCCUUUUUAAAAAUUCUACAGUACCUUUAUUUAGUUUUACUAGUUCUGAAUUUGGAGAGAGUCUCAUCUUGUCUUGCAGAUUUCAUUGUGUGCCAGGUAUUCACUGCAUUAAUAGAUUUUGGAUGGGGUUCCAGGCACCUUAAUGUGUUGCUGGUUUUCAAUGUCCACUGAGGUUUCAUCGGCUCUCCUUCAGCUAUCUUCUCCACUAAAUGAAACUCUUUUCCCCCUUGCAGGGAAUUCUGUAUUCAGAAGCAAUAGUUCACUCAGGAAGUUCUUGCUGAGUAGGAUAAACGGAAUGGUACCUCAGACACAGGCGUGUGCAAAGUUGCAAUAAAGAUUUAAGUAAAGGCAAAUGAAUAAGAGGGGAGAGAGGUUACAUGAACAAGUAGCUUAGGCAAAAAUAAGGUCUGGGGUUUGCAAACGUUGGGCUUAGGUGCCACCAGGCUAGAAGUAAGGGAUGGGACUAAGGCUCUGUAUCCUUGUAGAAAUGAGAUACGGCCUUUUUGUGGCAGCAGCCUGUCUGUAGAGAGACUAGUUCCAUUUCGACAGGCAGGGGAACCAUUCUUAUUCUGCAUGGCUUUUAAUGGUUUUCAGUAUAUGAUUGAAGCUUUUAGCUCUGUUCCUUUUAAGUUUUUGGGUUUCGUUUGGCAUGUUCUUGUAUGUAUACUGCCUCGGGGGGCCCUUGUUAGGGCUGAAAAAUGAUGUUAAGAACAUAUUUUAUGAAUCAAAAUCAAACUAGUCAAAGGAGGGGCCUAAGUAGAAAGAGCAGAGGCGGCUGAACUGCCUUCCCUCAUCUGAGGCACUGUGCCUUUAAAUCCCCCUCGCUUUGGAAGGAGAGGCUUGAUGGCCCUAUUUUGGCAUAAUGUAUAGAUGGAGGCUGAGGAGGGGGCUGUUUACAAUCUUGUGGCUAUGCCUUAAAUUCGGCUCUCUUGUGUUGUUCCAGCUCUUUCCGUCAUACUGAGGGAGGGGGGGAGUUAUUGGUAGGCCCCCCUUCCUCCUGCCUCAUUUAUGGGGAUCAGUUCUGUUAGAACAAUCUCUUGAGGCACACACUCCUUGUAACCAAGAUGCUGGCUUUGCUUUUCUUUUUUUAGCCAGGGUUUGGCCCUCUCCUGAAAUCUAGCGGGAGGCCGUUGCCGUAGUGACAGGAGCAGGCCCCAGCUUUACCUCAUUGAAUUCCAGGGGCUGUGCCAAACGAUUGAGAAAUCUGGUGGGAGGGGGAAGUACUCCAGAUGUUUGCUCCCUGCUCAGUAUAUCCGGGUUGGGAGUGUAUACAGCUGGGAUUGGGCUGAGCAGAAACUCGGCUUUGCUGCUGCGAAGGGGUGGGAGCAGAAAGGGACUUGGGAAGAGAAAGGGAGAUUCUGACUGGAAAAGCAGCCAAGUGUUAUGGCAAAGUGACGGGACCUGGCAAGAGAACCGAGGCAGCAUAAGAGGGGAAGGAGUUGGCUGGGAAGGACAGGGCGUGACACAAAGGGGCUGACAUUUAUGCUGAGUUCAGAAUCCCAGCCCGGUGAUGUGAUGGAGUCUAAUCCUCAGUCGCUGUGCUCCCCAUUUCCCUGUACUGCUGCUAAUGGCCGGAGAGGACCCAAACAACUUGCAAGCAGUCCUGAGAUAGGGGAUGCACGUCCAAAGCCACCUGUGAAACCCAAGCCCUGUGUGCUGCCAAAGCCAGCCAUGCCAGUGAAGCCUGUUCCUGGACAGCGUCAGGCUCUCUCUGAGGUGCCCUCUGCUGAAAAGAUCAACUUGUUGGCUGGGCCCAAGCCAUAUAGUGGUGGGGCUGGCAAUGCUGUUAAGCGUCUUUCUUUUGGUCUAAAGACCUCUCCAAGAGAAACUACCAAUGGGAAGGAGGUUUUGUAUCCAUUUUCCACCACAGCCAAACCAGCUGGAGAUGGAGAAGGAACUGGGCCUGCAAAUAAAUCAAGUGCUGUGGAGGGAGCAUCCGGAGAGGAGCGUGGAGAGUCCUCCAGUGUUCGCAAGGGUGCUGUUCCCUUCAAAGUAAUGCCAGUGUCAGUAGCAGCCAAACCAGAGCGUUUUCCUGGGACCACAGUAGAGGAGAUUUUGGCCAAGAUGGAGAAGCCUAACAAAGAAGGGGCAAGCAGCCCUGACAGGCCUCGGCUGGUACGCUCCUUCUUCAGCCAGGAUGGUAGCACAGCUGUCCACCGGGGGCCUAAGAGUUUUGCUGCAUUCCGGAGAUGUUCCAGUGGAGAAGGGGGUGAAACAGAGUCAGAGGGUCCUGCUUGCAGAGCCUCUUGUGAAGUUGAGGACAGCAUAUUGUCAAGGAACAAGGAGGAAAUCGCGAGCUCAAAUGGUCAGCAUCUGCCUGAAUCUGAGCUACCAGCAAGAGCAACGGAGAGAAACUUAGAUUUACUCUCUAAGGACAGCAGCUCCAGUCAACCUAGCAUGAGCUGUGAUGGAGGCCAACCUGGAUAUAGCAGUCUACUGUCUCCUCCUGGCGUCUCUCUCCCCAAGACCUAUCAACUCCUCACGAAGCUUUCUUCUCGAGUCACUCCUGGGUCCCCUGAUGCCCCUGCUGAAUCAGCCCAGUCCCCAGAGAGCCCACAUUUCCCAGCAGAUGUCCCAAGUACUGAAGCUCAGCUUCCCCCAGGCUCUCCUGAUGUACCUGCUGAACCCCUCAGAUCUCCUGUUGAGGUCUCCCUUGGUCAUGCCCAGGCUCCAGGUUCCCCUGUUGCCCUAUCUGAUCCCUGCCCCCCAGGAUCCCCCAGUGGUUUCCUAGGACACUCCUUGUCUUCAGGUCUUGGGGGCCUUUCUGCAAGAUGUGCUGAGGUCUCUCUUCCCCCUGGGCCAUCUGCCAGUUUGACUCAUCCUCCUGCUGAGCACAGCCUGGCACCCCCCUGUGGUCUCCAUGGAGUGUCGGAGUCCCCUGGCUCCCCAAGCACUCCUUCUGAGUACCUUGCUAGUUCUGAUAAACCUCCUGGCUCUCCCUCUCAUGCACAAGCCUCCCCCUUACCCUCCAGGGAUAAGGAUUCCCUCGACAAUCAAGCACCAACAUUACCACUUGAGGGUAAAGACCCCCAAUUAUCUCAGCUGGUUCUACGGCGUGCCUCAGAAGGGGUGUUGCAACCACGGGGUAAAAAAAUGGACAAGGAGGAGCUGGGAGGAUCUUUGGCUGCCUUGCCAAGAGGAGGGGACCCAGCUUUAGAGCAGGCUGCAGGGGGAGAGUCCAACUGGAGCUUGUCACAGUCCUUUGAAUGGUCGUUCCCUAACCGGGCUCUCGAGUUUGGUGGAAGGAGACUGGGUUCUCCUCCAAGGUCUCCUAUUGAGGAGGCUGAGGCAGAAUUGGAUAGAGACAGCCUCAGCCCCAAAGGGUCUUAUGAGGAAAGAGGUUCAGAGGGCCAGAGAGGAGAGGAGACUGAGGCUUAUGGGAGCUUUCUCUGCCACAGCAAUUCCAGGAGUUCCCCAGGGAGCAGGAGAAAGGCUGAGGACCAGCUGGACCCUUCAGCCCUUGAGAUAUCAGCACCUGGAGGUCCCUCAACUCUGAGGGAGCCUAUUAGCCCCAAGCUGAAGGGCCCUAUAGCAGCAGCAGAGGUUGGUUGUCAAGAGGAGCAUGAUGGUUCCUUGCCCUUUGUCCCAACCCCUGAGGAAGGGGCUUUAAGGGCAAUGGAGCCGUUGCCAAGUGUAGAGCAGGCUGCCCCUCCUGCAGAGCCUUGCAUCUUAUUCUCUGAAGAUGUCCAGGUGCAGACAGCUGCUUCCUGCCAAGAAGUUGAUGGUGCUGUAGGUCUGGCACGUGAAGGCAAGUUGAGGGUCGCUGACCCCGAAAGGAGGGCUGACCCUGAUCCUGGCUCACACUGGCUUGAUGAACUGCUGGCCUCUCCUCCACCUAGUGCUGAUGACAUAAAGAAAAGAAGUACACCCAAGUCAGAAGACCCCACAGGACCGGAGGAUCUUCUGGGAUGGUCAAGGAAGGAUCUUCACAGCGAGUUUGGCUUUGUAGAAGUUGAUCGGUCUGCUUCCUUUGGCAUGGGUUGGGCUGCUGGUGUUGGCAAGGUAGUUUGGCCUGGAGAGACAGAGCAGGAUCAAGAAUUUGGCACUGGCCCACAGGAGUGGCUGAGCUCGUACAGUGAUGCCAAAAGGCAGGAUAUGGAAUUUGGUUCCAGCCAGAAAGUCUGGACCAGAGGAACACCAUUGCAGGACAGUUCUAAUCCAGGGCAAGAAGAUUGGAUCACUGCCUAUGGCAGCAGCUGUGGUGACCAGAAGAUUGAGGAGCCAGAUUGGAGCAGCACAUAUAGCAUCAGCACUGCUGAGUGUCAGGACCGAGAGCCGUAUGUGAGAAAACCAGGCUGGCCCAAACUCUGCAGUAAUGAAGAUGAUCAGGAGAGCAGCAAGUCUGCUGCUGAGAAAAUGGAUUGGAGCAGCCCAUAUCACGUUGGUGCUACUGAAAGAACCGACUGGCCUAAUAAAUACAGUGAAGAAAAGGACAGCUGUCCAGAAUUGGAGGUUAACACAAAAUCAUCAAAUGAGUUUAGCAAAUAUAGUACUCAUAGCCACCAGGAUACAGAGCUCAGUGCCAGGCGUUUAGAGGGGCCCAGUGAUCACAGUGCUGUCAAUGUUGGCUCUCAGGAUGCCACAUCCAGUGCCAGCCAGUCAAGCUGGCCUAGUGAUUCCAAUGUUGACAGCAGGGCUAGCCCAGUGCAGUCAGAGUCCCAUGCCAACCAGGUGGAGCAAACUAGUGAAUAUCGUGCCAAUCAUCCAGAAUCCCAGGUUAGCAUCCAACAGCGACUACGACCCAAUACAUAUGGCUUUGAUGAUGACAGCUGUCAGGAGUCUGAACUGAGUGUCAAACAGUCUGAUUGGCCCAGCAGAUACGACAUGGGUAUUCCCCAAAGCCAUGAUGGUGUGUUCGGUGCUGAAAAACCAGAUGGAGCCAGUGAAUAUGAUGAUAACCAAACACGCUGGGAAAGAGAACUCAGUAUUGCAAGCAGAAGCAGCACCACUGAAUUUGAGGCUGGUGAUCUGGAGUACUGUGCCCGGAAGCCAGUCUGGGCUGAUGAUUACAACCUUAGGGAAUCUGAUCUACAAGAUAGUGAUUUCCACAUUGCCACAAGAGAAUGGGUCAGAGACAAUGAUCUCUCAGCAACUAAACAAAAUAACCAGUUAGGUGCUAUAGGGAAGGACCGAGCUGGUAGUUUUGGUCCACUAGAGUUACCAAGUCUAAGUGUGACCGUGGAUUUGGAGGAGACAGCUGGCAGCCUGGUAGGUCAGGGUAGAGACUUAAUAGCAGUUGCUAUGGAUGAGCCUAGAGGAGUUGGAGAGGGGCAGCCUGAGUGGACUCAAGAUCUUGGCCUCAGAGGCAUGGAUCUCUCAAAUGACUUGAAAGUUGGGAGCCCAGAUGCAUCUGAAAACCCUACAGAGAAGCAGCUUCAUUGGUUUCCUUCCUUGGGUCUGGAAACCUUGUCUGCUUCAUCAGAUGUAAGGACUGUGAAUCCAGAGGAGACCAGAGAACCUGGUGUGGGACAAGCAGAUUUGGCCUACAGAUCUGGCGCUGAAAGCAUGGAAGUGUCUGAUUUGAGGCCCAAGGCUUUGGAUGGGGCUGAGGAAGUAGAUCUAAUACAGAUGGACUGGACUGGCGCAACUGGGAUAAAGCAUAAGGACAGCAGCUAUCAGUUUGGAGCGACACCUUUCGAUGGUGAUGAGAUGGAGCAUCCAAGAGUGGCUGGAGUCUCUGGAGAAAGCAGAAGAUUCCGUAGUGAGCGACUCUCCAGCCCCAGCUGUCUGCAGGAAGACAUGGUUUCCAAUAGUGCUGUCAAAGAGGUGGCCCAGCAGAAGAGACCUGCCUCCUUCCACAGCUGCCAUUCAGAAGAAGAGAGGAUACUGCGCAGCUUGCGUAAUAACCAGGGGGCUCUAGCUGAAAGGGCUGAAGGACUGCCUUUCUCAGCAAAAGAGGAUGGAAAAGCUUUGUCUGCUGCAGAUGGUGGGGACAGCCAGUUAGACAGUGGAAAUGGGAGUCAGCUACCUGUGGACCUGCAAGUUUUGAAUCAUCCAGAGCAAAAUGGAAGUCAAGCUGCACAGCCCAUAUCACAGAAGGCUCCUGCUUCAGAGGGAGCUAUUGCUGCUGAAGGGGAGAACUUCAUCUUCUUAGAGGAUACAGAGGUUCUUGACAACACUGUGUAUCGUGACCGUGUUAAUUUGGGCCGUAAGCGAGGUCAUCGUGCACCAGCCACCCGGUCUGGAGGUGCUCUUUCCGAGAACGACGGAGACAAUUGGAUGUUCAGAGAUUCCACAGAGCCUCGAAUAGCUUCUGCGGUCUCUGAUGAAGAUGCCCCAGAGGAGCCAAGGAGCAGGAAGUCACGAACAUCUCCACUGUCAAAGGGGGUAAAGGUCCCCCUCUUCCCAGGCCUGAACCCAUCGGCAUUGAAGGCCAAGUUGCGAGGCCGAAACCGUUCUGCUGAGGAAGGGGAUCCACAAAGUGAGGCCAAGGAAACCCAUGUUCAGCGCUCUAAAUCAUGCAAGAUUGCCAACAUCACUGGGAAGCCUCUGGUGCUGCCACCCAAACCAGAGAAAUCCUCAGGGUCAGAAACAUCCUCACCCAAUUGGCUGCAAGUCCUGAAGUUGAAAAAGAAGAAGUCUUGAAAUAAAAACAUUCAGGUGUUGCUCUCCUGCUACUGGGGCCCUGACAGCUGAAGUUCCAGUGAGCUGUUCACGGGUGGGAGGCAGCAUGUUGGGUCUGGAGCCAGAAUCCCCACCUAACAACUUAGAGGGAUUGGGGUGGGGUGGGGGGU